AUGAGGAGUCUGCUGGCACUGCUGAUCCUGACUCUGGCCCUGGCAACACUCUGCUGUUGUGAGGAAGAUCCCAAAGAACCCUCAGGAUCUCUCAGUGCUGACAGCAUCAAGAUUAAAAAAGAAGUUGCCAAUGCCUUUGUGAAGAGGAAGAAGAGAGCCAGUCCUUAUGAAUGGUACCUGGAGUACUACAAAAGCCCGAUGGAGCAGAUGCACGAGCGCUGUGAGAACUACCCCCCCUGUGACUAUCUCUCUGACCAAGUGGGGUUUGCCCUGGCCUACAACCGCUUCUUUGGCAGGUACUGA